AUGAAGCUGCUACAAUGGUCGUUGCCGCUGGCCAUGCUCGGAACCCUUGGCGACGCGUUGCCGGCCGCCGACUGUGACAAGAUUCCGAGUUGGACCUUCAAGAAUCUCAAGUGGCAUACGCUUGACACGGUCGGCCAGAACGGGUCCGCAUCGUUCACUCUGGUCAACAGCGUGACUGACAAGGCCGUCGAUCUCAAAUGCACACUGGUGGCCAAUUAUCGCUGCCAGAUCAAGACGGACGAUGCCACGGAAGUGACGCUGCAGGCCCAGAACGGCGUUCUCUACGUUUGGGUCGACCAAGAUCUGACAUGUGGUGACGCGACAGUCAAACAUGUUGGUGGUUCAGCGGAUUUGGACAUGAACUGCGACAUCGUUCAGCAUGAAGACAUUAACUGUACAGCGGAAGAAAGCCAGAUCAAGGGGGAUGUUGUCUGA